CCGAAGCCUCCGCUCGCGGGUUUCGCUGAAAGAGAGACCGGGCGUUGAAGCGCGGCACGGGAGAAUCACGGCGAGCUCGCGAUGCGCCUUUCACCCUCACCGGCGAGUCUAGCGUUCUGGAGCGCCACCGGACGUGAAGCUGCGUGACCGUGCGACGCGCUACAUGUUGGGUAGAGGCCUGAAGCGGAAGCUGGAGCCGGAGGAAGAGGAAGAGAGCGGGGUGAUGAAGCCGGGCCCUCAGGAGACCUGCUUCUGGCUCCAGCGGCAGACCGUGCUCAACCUCUCUCUGCUGAAGCUGCACGGCCGGGAGCCAGGCCUGUCCCGCAGGGUGCUGAUCACCAACACGCUCCGCCGCAUCCAGGACGUCCCCGAGCCCCGGUCCUUCCCCGCCGGGGUCAGCCUGCCGCAGGAGGACGGGCGUCUGUCUCUCUGUCGCUCUCCGGCCGUUUCCGGGCAGCCGCCGCCGCCAGCCUCUCUUCUUAAAGACGGCUUCACCUCAGCGCUGGCAGGAAUCGAAGACCUGCCGGACGCCGGUGAACUCAGACACGCGGAAGCAGGUCUCUCUGAAACCGGCGGCGGCGCGGACUCGGCCUCGUCUCUCUCGGACUCUGGCCGGUUUGGCCACGCCCCGUCGCUCCUCGCCGAUUUCUCAUUGGACGAUUUCCUGUUCACGGAACUCGACAGCUUGCUGUUCGAUAACGCCCCCUGCGGACCGGCCCUGAACGCGAGCUCGGGCGCGUCUAAAGUGGUUUCCAUGGUAACGGACGACCUCGUCAAGACGCUCGCCGGUUACGGUAGCGGCGGGGCGAGCCAAUCAGACUUCAGACUGGACCUGAGCGAACUGGAUCACAUCAUGGAGGUUUUGGUUGGGUCGUAACGGUCAAUUUGUUUGUAUUAUUGUAUGUGGACCGAAAGGGUUGCUAUGGCGAACAUACGCAUAUUUGUGUAUAUUUAUUUUGAUACAGUAUCAAAGGGCGCACAAUGUACUGAUAUUGCAACCAUUUUAUAACGUUAUAGAAUGCCAUUUCUAUUUUUCUUGUGGAAAUUUCAUACGAAUUACGUUAUUUUUAGUAUUUUUUUUAAAUUCUAAACUUAAUAAAAACCUAAAUAAACUUGUCUUUUUUUAGUUCAUCCUUUUAAAAUAUAUUUAAAUAAUUCAUAGAUUCACGAAAAAUACAUACAUUUACAAAAUGUUUAUAGUUAAAUAUAGUUUUUAUUUUUAUAAAAAUGUAUUUAUAUUGAAUGAAUUACGUUAUUUUUAGUAUUUUUAGUACCCUAAAUCGUCUUUCAGUUCAUCCUUUUAAAACAGACCAUAAAUGCAGACUCACACAAAAACAGCAUUUUCUCUUAAAUUAUUUUAAUUUCUUGUGUACACUUAAAGAAAAUUUACACACUUGUUUGUUUGUUUAUUUUUUUUCCUCAAAGAACCCAGGCAUGCACGAUUGACCUCGGUACAGGCUCUUUAGAUAUCAUUCAUCUGUAUGAGUUUUCCAUAGGAAUUUUCCCAUAACAAUUUUUACAUGAUCCAUAGUUUGACUGUACACAGUCCGAAGCCACAGUUAACUAUGUAAGCAGUUCUUCUGUAUAUCUUUACAAUGUGCAAAAUCCUCCAGGAGACAGAAUAAACAGUGACACUACUGAAGAAAAAAAAAAAAUAAGAACCAAAAGAUGAGGAAAACCCGUUUCUGGCAAACAUUUCCCAUCAUGCACUUCUGGCGUACAGGACCGCAGUGACGGCAGACGUCCUCCGAAAGAGUCGCUUAAUUAUCGUAAAUAAAACACAGAUACAGAAUGACCAAAACACGAUGAAAACAGGGAAAUGAGCAAAACCAUACAGCAGAUAUUGGUCCCUUAUUCUCAAUACACCUAUAUAUAUAUAUAUAUAUAUAUAUAUAUAUAUAUAUAUAUAUAUAUAUAUAUAUAUAUAUAUAUAUAUAUAUAUAUAUAUAUAUAUAUAUGUAUAUGUGUGUGUAUGUGUGUAUAUAUAUAUUUAUAUUUAUUCAAGUUGAUCAUUCAUUUAACAAUUCCUUCACUACGUUAUAGUCCAAAGCCAGUGGUUUCAACUUACAUUAAAAAAUAAAAUAAAAUAACAAUAAUAAUAAUAAACAACCGAAAGACACGAGCAGCUAAACGCAGAGGCGUGGUUUCUAUAGCUGUUGCUGGACUCGGUCUAUAGACGGUCCGUGUGGAAAGCCAAGGGUUAAACUAUCAGCACAACAAAAGGAGAAAGCGUCCGCUGAAGCCCGCGCGAAAUCAAAGAACCUAAAACCUACAAGUAAUAACAAUAUUGAUUGUAACGUAAUAGCCAGAACGGUUAAAAACUAAGGCCUUUGUUACGCAAAAAAAAAAGUAAA